AACUCCAUCAGAUCAAAGCCAGAUUCACUCAGCAGAGCUCCAGCUCCUCACCGUACUUUCAGCAUGAGGAACACGGCUGCAGUCUCUGUGUUUAUUAUUUAUACUCUAUUAACUCUUCUCACCUCUCAAUUCAACUGUCUGCCAAAACCCAAAGUGCCCAAGGUCAUAGAGUAUGAUGUGGAUGCUGGAAAAGAGGAUCUCUUUGAUGUGAAUGACGCUGCUGGUCUGGAUCUUUUUGAAGGAGAUAUUGUAUUUGAGAAAGAAGGACGCAAUUCCAUAAUCGGGGAACAGUACCUGUGGCCAAAGACGGUUCCAUACUACUUUGAGGAUGAUUUGGAUAUCAAUGCCAAAGGUGUUAUAAUGAAGGCCUUUGAACAGUAUCGCCUGAAGACGUGCAUUGACUACACACCCUGGAGUGGAGAGCAGAACUAUAUCUCUGUGUUCAAAGGCAGCGGGUGCUUCUCCUCUGUGGGGAAUCGUCAUGUUGGGAAGCAGCGGUUGUCCAUCGGUGCAGGAUGUGACCGAAUCGCCACUAUUGAGCACGAGUUCCUCCACGCUCUCGGCUUCUGGCACGAGCAGUCCCGCUCUGAUAGAGACGAUUACGUCACCAUCAUGUGGGAUCGCAUCUUAGAAGGCCGAGAGCACAACUUCAACAAAUACGACGACACCACCUCCAGCAAUCUGAACGUACCCUACGACUAUGGUUCCAUGAUGCACUACAGCAAGAACUCCUUCCGUAACGGCACCGAACCCACCAUCGUCACCAAGAUUCCCGCUUUCCUGGACGUCAUCGGCCAACGCAUGGAGUUCAGCGACAGCGACCUGCUGAAGCUCAACAGGCUCUAUAAAUGCUCACGUUCCUCCACUUUUCUGGACACCUGUGACUUCGAGCAAGAGAAUAUUUGUGGGAUGAUCCAAGGUGCCGAUGAUCAGGCGGACUGGGAACGUGUUGCCAGAGCAGCUGGUGGUCCAGACACUGACUUUUCCAACAUGGGGCGCUGUUCUGGUACAGGUUACUUCAUGCACUUUAUCACCUCCAGCGGCACCCCAGGCCACACAGCUCUGUUGGAAAGCCGACUGCUGUACCCUAACCGAGGCUACCAGUGCCUGCAGUUCUUCUAUUACAACAGUGGAGACCCCACUGACCAGCUGGCCAUCUGGGUGCGGGAGUACGACGAGGCCAAUCCUAAUGGUACACUGCGCUUCAUCCAGCAAAUCAAUGGACCUCCCGAGGACCAGUGGCAGCUCCACCACGUCAGUUUGAACGUUUCCAGAAAGUUCCGCGUGGUGUUCGCAGGCACCAAAGGCUCUGGGAGCUCCAUUGGAGGGCUUUCCUUGGAUGAUAUCAAUUUAUCAGAGACCACCUGCCCAGAACAUAUAUGGCGGAUCAAAAACUUUAAGGAUGUGAUUGAAAACACACCGAUGGGCACUGCCGUUUACAGCCCACGCUUUAAAUCCAGUUACGGCUACAGCUUCCAGAUGGGGCUGUACCCCAACGGCACUGAGUCGUCUCCUGGGGAGCUCGGAGCCUACGCCCACCUGACGUCCGGGGACGAUGUGGUCGAUGCUGGGCUUGUCUGGCCGUGUCCAUGGAAACAGAUGACCAUGAUGCUGAUGGACCAGCACCCGGACAUCCGCAAGCGCAUGUCCAACCAGAGGAGCGCCACCACUGAGCCUGAAGCAACAAUUGAAGGGUCUGGGAUGUUUUUCUGGGAUGAUCCGAGGAAGGUGGGGGUGGAAGUGACAGAGGAGGGCGGGACUAAGUACUUCCGGGGUCCUGGAGCAGGAACAUCUGUAUACCUGACCCAGGCCAGAGCUCUCAGCAGAGAUUUCAUCAAGGGUGGAGAUGCCUUCUUCCUUCUCACCAUGGAAGAUAUAUCCCACCUGGUGCCUUCACAGCCCCUCCCCCCAACUACAGUCCCGCCUACAAAUGAAACUACAACUCCUCCCACAAAUAUAACUGCCACAACCUCUACAGCCUCUCCUACCACUGGAUCUACCACAUCUGGAUCCACCACAUCUGGAUCCACCACAACUCCCCAGCCUACCAUAACCACAUUACCCCCCCAUGACCCGUGCUCCACAGUGACGUGUGAAAACGACGGGGUGUGUGUAAAGGAAGGUGCCACACAAGCCGUGUGCAGGUGUGCAGUUGGUGACGACUGGUGGUACUAUGGAGUCAAGUGCCAGUUUAAGAGUUCCAGCCAGGAGAACGUGGUGACGGCGGCCGUGGCCUCAGUGGUGGUCUUCGCCGUCAUGCUGAUCGUGACGGUGGUGAGUGUGGUCUGUCUGAAGAAGAAGUACAUGAAGAAGAUGGGCGAUAUGGGUACCGGAAUAACCAUGCAGAAUUUAUCAGCAAAACUUCCAUCGUAAAGCUUUUUUUUUUUUUUAAUGAUUUUUAUUAAUAAAGUGCUGGAGAACACACGCAGCAUAUCAUAUCAGACGUAUGAACUCAUAAUUAAUAAGAGCUUCAGGAAGCCUUUGGGCUCACUGUGUAAUUGGAUGUGAGGUAAAUUACCUGAGGGCUAAAGCAGAGCAGUGUGCAUUUCAGAUGCAUACUUACAGGAUUUUAUUCAUUUUCAUGUAUACUUUGGUCUGAAAGAAAUUAAAUUAAAUGUUUUAAUGUGUUAUUUUUUUCCCCUAUAUCUUAAUUGUAUAAUUAUACAUGCCUUCCUUAUUAAAAAUUAAACUUAUUUAAUUUUUAUUUAAUUCUGCCUCAAAACUGUGGAAACUUGUAAAACUGCUGACACUGAAACAAUGUUUGAAUUGUAGAUAUUGCUGGAAUAAUUAUAUGCAAAAAUAUAAUAAAUAAAUAUAAAAAAAAAAUCAGUCUGACCGCACUUUGACUU